AUGAGGGGGAUCCCUGCCGAGUACUCGUCGAACUGCUACGAGCACUCCCACAAGACCACUGUGAAGCGUCCUUCACGUGGCACGAACUGGAAGAAUGUUGAAGAUCGAAUCGUCCGGAAACACCUGGAGCAUGCGGUAGUUAGGCAACUCGCGCGGGAGGCCGGCGGGGACAGCACGUACGAGACCUCGAUGAAAGAGUUUGCCCGAGCUCGGUUCUCAUGCUCUCUACCCUGCCCUGUUUCCCUGCUCGGUUCUCAUGCUCUCUCCCCUGCCCUGUUUCCCUGCUCAGUUCUCAUGCUCUUUCCUGCUCUAUUUCGCUGCUCGGGUCUCAUGCUCUCCCCCCAUGCUCUUUUUCCCUGCUCGGCUCUCUUGCUCUCUCACACUGCUCUGUUCCCCUCGUCAUUUCCCCUUCUUUGUUAUCCGCUCUGUUACCCUGCUAUGUUCCAUGCUGUGUCUCCCCUACUCGGUGCCCUCCCCCCUUCCCCCUCUCCUGCAUGCUUUCCACCCACUCCAGCCCCCCUUCCCCCUCUCCUGCAUGCUUUCCACCCACUCCAGCCCCCCUUCCCCCUCUCCUGCAUGCUUUCCACCCACUCCAGCCCCCCUUCCCCCUCUCCUGCAUGCUUUCCACCCACUCCAGCCCCCCUUCCCCCUCUCCUGCAUGCUUUCCACCCACUCCAGCCCCCCUUCCCCCUCUCCAAAAUGAUUUUCCACCCACUCCAGCCCCCCUCCCCCCUCUCCGGCAUGCUUUCCACCCACUCCAGCCCCCCUUCCCCCUCUCCUGCAUGCUUUCCACUCACUCCAGCCCCCCUUCCCCCUCUCCUGCAUGCUUUCCACCCACUCCAGCCCCGCUUCCCCCUCUCCUGCAUGCUUUCCACCCACUCCAGCCCCCCUUCCCCCUCUCCUGCAUGCUUUCCACCCACUCCAGCCCCCCUUCCCCCUCUCCAAAAUGCUUUUCCACCCACUCCAGCCCUUGGCCAAUUUCCCCCUUUCGCUAUGCUCUCCACCGCCUCUUUCGCUGCUUUCACAUUUUCUUGGUUCAUGCUCGUGGUUUCAGGUGCACACGGCACUUGCGAUUCCGCCCCACGACAAGAUGGAAUGGACGUCAAGGGGGCAGUUUUUCAAGGCUAG